CUGCACUCUGACCGAGGUGGCGAGUACACCAGGAAGGAGUUUGUUGCAUUCCUCGAAGAUCACGGCAUGACACAGCGGCUGACAGUCCACGACACGCCCAAACACAACGGUGUUGCAGAAUGUCUCAACCAUAUGAUUGCCAAGCAUGUACAUGCGCUGCUGCACACAAGUGGCCUUCCCCACUUCCUAUGGGGUGAGGCAGCUCGUCACGUGGUCUGGUUGAAAAAUCAGACACCAACGAGCAUGCUGCCCGAUGGUGCCACGCCAUACGAGAUGGCUACGGGGAAGAAGCCGAGCCUU